CGCCUCCGGCACAGCUGGAGGCGGGUCCCCGCCCUCCCCCGGGAGCCGGGCGCUGGAGAGGGCGCGGUGCAUUGUGGGCAGAGGGGCGGGGGUUGGGAAGAUGGCGGCUCCCAGCCUCCUCAACUGGAGGCGGGUUUCUUCCUUCACGGGGCCCGUCCCCCGAGCCCGGCACGGACACCGGGCCGUGGCCAUCCGGGAGCUGAUGAUCAUCUUUGGAGGGGGCAACGAGGGCAUCGCGGACGAGCUGCACGUCUACAACACAGUUACAAAUCAAUGGUUCCUACCAGCUGUUAGAGGAGACAUCCCUCCAGGCUGUGCUGCCCAUGGAUUUGUCUGUGAUGGUACCAGAAUUUUAGUAUUUGGAGGAAUGGUUGAAUAUGGAAGAUACAGCAAUGAAUUGUAUGAGUUGCAAGCAAGUCGUUGGUUAUGGAAAAAAGUGAAGCCUCAUCCUCCUUGUUCUGGUUUACCUCCUUGUCCUCGGCUUGGACAUAGCUUCUCUUUAUAUGGUAACAAAUGCUAUUUGUUUGGUGGCCUGGCAAAUGAAAGUGAAGAUUCAAACAAUAAUGUUCCCAGAUAUUUAAAUGAUUUCUAUGAGUUGGAGCUGCAGCAUGGUUCAGGUGUUGUGGGGUGGAGCAUCCCUGUGACUAAAGGGGUUGUGCCUUCUCCAAGAGAAUCCCACACAGCUGUUAUAUACUGUAAAAAAGAUUCUGGAAGUCCUAAAAUGUAUGUUUUUGGCGGAAUGUGUGGUGCUCGCCUGGAUGACCUAUGGCAACUUGACUUAGAAAACAUGUCAUGGUCAAAACCAGAAACUAGAGGGACAGUGCCACUUCCACGAAGCCUUCAUACAGCCAGUCUUAUAGGAAACAAGAUGUACAUUUUUGGUGGAUGGGUUCCACAUAAGGGGGAAAAUAUUGAGACUUCACCUCAUGAUUGUGAAUGGAGAUGUACCAGUUCAUUUUCUUACCUAAAUCUGGAUACAGUAGAAUGGACCACCCUAGUAUCAGAUUCUCAGGAAGAUAAAAAAAAUUCAAGACCAAGACCAAGAGCUGGACAUUGCGCUGUUGCAAUUGGUACACGUUUGUAUUUUUGGAGUGGAAGAGAUGGCUAUAAAAAAGCACUUAAUAGUCAGGUUUGCUGCAAGGAUCUUUGGUAUCUUGAUACUGAAAAACCAUCAGCACCAUCACAAGUACAGCUGAUCAAAGCUACUACCAACUCUUUUCACGUCAAAUGGGAUGAAGUGCCUACAGUUGAGGGCUAUCUUUUGCAGUUGAAUACAGAUUUGCCAUACCAAGCUACAUCAUCAGAUUCUGCAGUGGCACCAAAUUUGCAAGGCGUCAGGAUGGACCUUCACAGACAAGGCAGUAAUAGCAUCGUUUCUAACAGUCUCAGUGAUACAGUAAACAGUGUAAAGAUUGAACAUAUAGCCAUGAAAGGAACUUCAAUGAAAAGCAGACCAGACUUGAAAACACUGAUGGAUUCUAAUGCCAUUUUACAUUCAUCUUUGGCAUCUAAUGCUUCUGAUCAUAAUAGUUGUGUGGUGGAUAUGCUAAGGAAAAAUGAAGGUCCUCACACUUCAGCAAAUAUAGGUGUUUUAAAUAGUUGCCUGGAUGUAAGAACAGUAAUCCCUGAAACUUCGGCAUCCAGUAUUGUUUCCAGCGCACAAACUAUGGUAACCCAGCAGACCAUUAAAACUGAAUCAUCCAGUACAAAUGGGGCAGUUGUUAAAGAUGAAACUUCACUAACAACAUUCAGUACCAAAUCUGAAGUUGAUGAAACCUGUGCACUGCCUGCAACUAAGAUUAGCCGUGUAGAGACUCAUGCUGCAGCAAUGCCAUUUUCUAAAGAGACUCCUUCAAAUCCAGUGGCUACAGUGAAAGCAGGAGAACGACAGUGGUGUGAUGUGGGAAUUUUUAAAAAUAAUACAGCUUUGGUGAGCCAGUUUUACUUGCUGCCAAAAGGGAAGCAAAGCAUCUCAAAGGUAGGAAAUGCUGAUGUACCUGAUUACAGUUUACUUAAGAAACAAGACCUUGUUCCAGGCACAGGAUAUAGAUUCAGGGUUGCUGCAAUCAAUGGUUGUGGAAUAGGCCCUUUCAGCAAAAUCAGUGAAUUUAAAACUUGUAUUCCUGGUUUUCCUGGAGCUCCUUCUGCCGUCAGAAUUUCAAAGAAUGUUGAAGGUAUCCAUCUUUCCUGGGAACCUCCGACUUCACCUUCUGGAAAUAUUUUGGAAUAUUCAGCCUACUUGGCUAUCCGCACAGCACAGAUACAAGAUAAUCCAAGUCAACUUGUGUUUAUGAGGAUUUAUUGUGGUCUUAAAACAUCAUGUAUAGUAACUGCUGGGCAACUUGCAAAUGCACAUAUUGAUUAUACAUCCAGGCCUGCUAUUGUGUUCAGGAUAUCAGCAAAGAAUGAAAAGGGAUAUGGACCAGCUACACAAGUUCGAUGGCUUCAAGGUAACAAUAAGAAAGCACCUUUAAAUUGAUUUUUUUUUAACUGAAGUUAUUGUGAUGAUAAUUAUUUAUUAGGAACUGGUUAUGAAGAUUUGUCAUUUAAAAGAGUAUUCUCUGUAUUUCUAGCAGUUAUGAAUUUGAGUUUGUCAGUUGUUCUUAAAAUGUAUUUGCUCAAUUCUAGAUCCAAAUAAAAAUAGAAAAGAAGCAAAGACUCUCUGAAAAUUAGUAUAUGGGUUCUUCCUUAAAAGUAUAGCUCUUUUAUAAAGAAAAAUAGUAAAAUUAAAGUAAAAGUUAGAAAGCUUUAUUGCCCCAAUAUCUUUUAUAAAGUAACCCAGUCAUCCUAGAGUUACUGAGAUGAUCAUAGUAACUGGCUGUUGUAUACUAUGCUGUCUCACAUAGUAAAUGUUCUCUACAUUGUAAAUGCCCUAUCUUUGAGUAUUCUAUCUUUAUUCUAUGUGAGCAGUGGUCCUCUAACAACUGUCUUCUGUUGGAUAAUAUUUGUGAUACUAAUUUUAGUAGCCACUUGAUUCUUCUGUUCGUUUACAGUUAGCACAAAACUUAAGAAAGAGAUAAGUUCAGAAACUCUGCUUUGUAAUUUUUAUUAUUUUCCAGGAAUCAUGGUAAAACACAAAAAGAAUAAUGAGUUUUCCUGAUUCUUACUAGGAUGAUAUAUUUGAAUAUAUUUUUGGCCAAAGCACUUAAACUUAUUUGGCUCUCAUUUUCCUCCUUGACAAAUGAAGGGGUUAAAAUAGUUUACCUUUAAGGUCCCUUUCACCACUAAAAUUUUGUUUUUUCAUUAGAAGUAAAGUAUAUCCUUGAACAUUUUCAUCUGUCUUAAUGACUCUAACUUUGCUUUUGCUAAAAUUAAAAUCUUCAUAAUUUAAAAUUCAAAAAUUAAAGUAUAUGUCCUCCUACUGCAAAAAGAAAUAAGCACCUUAACAGGCCACAAGUUUUGAAAUAGUGUUUUAAACAUUUGUAAGAUUUUUGUAAAUGCUCUAAAUGUUUUAUUUUUGCAUUUUUUUACGUCGAAAUUGUAUAAACUUUUUUACAAUGAAAAUAUAAGCAUUAGACAGCUAACUCAGGUUCCAUUACAACCUUAAAGAUACAGAUAGGCAUUAUUGAACACUCUACUGCAGGUAACUUGUUUGGAACCUUUUAGGAAUUUCAUGGUUCCACUGCCUGUUUUAAUCUAGAAUGAAUAUACAGAGCAAUAAUUGCAGAGAAAAUAUUUCAAACAAAGAGCUGCAAUAACUGCAGGGGCACAAGUCCAUCUUUUUUUAUACCACAUAACCUUCUGCCAGUUUAGGUUGACUGAGUAGCUAUGUCCUCAGAUUUCAUGUAUAAUACCCCCAGCCAAAAUGGAUUUAAUUGUGCAGAAUUGAUAUAUUUGUGUGUUCCAGUUACUAAUUUAAAGUGUAUAGAAUAUUUUAAUAUAUAAUUUUUGUAAAGAACUGGGAUUUUUGUACUACAGUAUUUGUAAUUAAUGUGUCUCACUAAUUUUCUCUUAAAGAAAAUAUGCAAACCAUUAGACACAUAGUGAGUGGUUUCUGAACUCUAAAGAUAAAAUAAAUGCACUACUAUAGUGUUGUUAGGAUA